UUUUUAUUGUCUAGAUAAAUUUAUUUUUGGAGUUAAAAAAAAUUCUCGUAAAAUUAUGGAAGAAUCUUCUCAUAUAUUGACGUCUUCUGACGAUAAACAAAAUCAUUUGGGUGUAGAAAAAUCCCCAAAGAAAAGGGAGAAUGUCGUCCCAAGUUCUCACAAUUCUUCGACAUCUUCAAGUGUAGCAGAAGAAACACUUAGCCAAGUAAAUCCGUCAAUUUCGGAUCCGACAACUGAUUUAACGGAAGAGGAUAUUUUCCGAAUGAAGAGUAUGAGCAUUGAUAGAGAUAAAUGGAAAAAUGGUCCAGCAGCAAGCGAAUAUCAAUCAGCAAUUUCCCUCGUUGAUUCAGCCAGCAAUUAUAUUGAAGAAGACCGCGAAGUUGACGAAGAAGAGGUUGAUGUAACUGAAGGGUUGCUUCCUGAUCAAAUGGUGCCCGUGCAGCGGUCAAUGUCUUAUGCUGAUGCAGUUAAGAGAGCAACACAUCAUGAACAGUCGGGGAAGGUAUUUCUCUUUGAUGGUUAUGCAUUUUCUAAGAACACAGAUCCUGCAAUAUUAUCGCAUCUUAACCAGAAAACAGUCAGCACCCUUCAAUACCCAUUUGAGCCUGUCAAUAUACCCCCUGAUUUUGAUCUGGUAGAAUAUCGACGUGCAUUUUCUCAAGCGAAGGUUUAUCUUGUGGGUACUGCACAUUUCAGCAAAGAAAGUUGCGAAGAUGUUUGUAAAACUGUGCAAUUAACCCAACCAGAUUUUGUCAUGGUUGAACUUUGCUCUUCCCGUAUUCAAAUACUCUCAAUGGAUGAAGAUACAUUGUUGAAAGAAGCAGCGGCUUUAACUAAAAAGAAAAUGUUGGAAAUUGUUCGACAGCACGGCGCAGCUCAAGGUUUAAUGCAAGUUUUGCUUCUCUCAUUAUCUGCCCAUAUUACCCAACAACUCGAAAUGGCACCUGGCGGCGAAUUCCGAGCAGCUUACAAUGCUUCUAAACUUGUUAGUGGAUGUCAGCUUGUUUUGGGUGAUCGUCCUUUGCAUAUUACCUUGAAAAGGGCUCUGAGUUCGCUGAACAUUUUUCAGAAAAUGAAAUUCUUUUUCCAUCUACUUGUAUCGUUGCGAAUGGAUAUAAAGUUUGUUUACAUGAAAAAAUUUAUAAUGUUUUUUACCAGAGCCAUUUACCAGGGAUUUGGCACAGAAAGGGGUCGAAAAUUUUAG